AUGGGGGGCCACGACGAUUGUGACAGUGCGGGGGAUGACGGUGACGACGGUGGCGUCCACGAGCGACGGCUGCUGCUUGUCCCCGAGGUUGUGUCUAUGGCGGCGGCGGAACCGCGGACUGGCAUCCACACGACGGCGAGGGUUCUCAGGUACCACCACGACGGGGUGGUCCUGAGCUCGCGCCCGGCGAGGGUGCAUCUCGUCGACGAUCGGGGGUACACGGCAGACACGCCCGCGGCGGAGAUGGUGGAGAUCGACGAGGAGAAGAUGCAGAGGUUCGCAGGCAGGGACGCGCGCCUGCGAGCCCGUCUGAGGGAGAUUGGAUCGUGGUACACAAGCAAGCGAGAGAGAUCGCUCUUCGGACGCGGCGGGCACAAGCAUUCGCUGCAGGUUCUGCUGUGGGCGAUGGAUCAGGCGGAUUCGCCGGUGAGAUCCGUGGCGAGGAAGUGGGUGGCCUUCACCUCCAUCGAGACCGCGGAUCUUGCCCCGGCCAUGAGGGAAUCGGCGCUCAGAUUCCCGCGAGGGGGUCCUGGCCCUCCCUGCUCCAGGGUCGGCAUGGCUCCGAUCAUGAUCUACGAGGACCCGGUGGAACAGCCACCACAGGAGGAGAAAAUUGCUGAGGGGGUGGGGGUUAACUUGGGUAAUAAACUUGAUGUGGAAAACCCCACAAGAAGUGAGAUGAUGGAGGCAGGAGUGAAACAAGUCGGUGAGGUGGCUAGAGAAGUGUUUAAAGCAGCACAUGGAUGGUGUCUGGAGACUAGGAGAAUUCUUGGGUGA